AAUUUGAUUCGUAUCUUGCGACUUACAUGUUCCGCCGCACCUAUCAGUGCAGUUAUCGGGCACUAUUUAAAGUGUUUCUUCGAGGUAUCGGCGAGCUGUAUACGCCGCAAACCUGUGAUUUGCCCGGCGAGGAAUCUAAGGCCAGUGCUUCUCCUGACGAGGAAUGACUAGGAAAAUAGAAGAUAACAAAUAAAGAAUAAGAGGAUAAUAAGAUAUCAUUUAUAUACUUUCCAAAAGAUAGCAAAAAGGAAUUCUGGUGGCUGAAAUUUGAAACGUUGUUUAGUAAAGGAUGGAGUUAUGCAAUUAAAUUUCUGGUUCUUUGAUUGCGUUUGAUAUACAAUUAAAGUAUGAAGAAUGCCUCCCGUGAAAAUUCGAAGAGCUGGGUGAUCGCCGCAAUAUGCUGCUUCAUCAACUUCCUCCACCUUGGCAUCGCCAGGCAAUCUGGCCUCCUAUAUUUGGCUGCCAUCGCCAGAUACGAUGCCAACCGAAAUCAAGCUUCUCUACCUUUUGUUUUGUGUUACACAAUCAGGAAUGUUUCAGGUCCUUUUGUCGGCUUCCUAGGACGAAAAGUUGGACUGGAAAGAGUGACUAUUUUUGGAUGCGUUUUAGCAUCACUCGGAAUGGCAGCUUGCUUUUUGGCUGAAGACAUUAUCACAGUAACAGUGCUAUGGGGAGGUGUGUUUGGUUUAGGUUUUGGAAUGGGCUCAGUGCUGAUACCAGUGGUGCUGAAUCAACAUUUUGACAAGCAUCUCUCCAAUGCAAAUGGAAUAGCUUUUGGUGGUGAAUGUGUUGCUGGUUUCAUAUUGCCAAUUCUCGUGAAGAUUCUUUUGAAUGCAUUUGGUACAUCUGGACUAUUUCUGAUUUUAUCUGGACUGAUGCUUCACAGUGUGCCUGCAGCAAUGCUGUUGAAGAUAUCUGCCACCAAACCUUCCGAAAAAUCUGCACAUAAACCUAUUUGGGUUCAUAAUGGUUCUAGCGAUGCAGUACUAUUUCCAACAGUAAAUGGAAUUUAUAAUAAAUCUUUUAAUUUAGAAGUGUGUGAUAAAUCAUUACAAGUCAAUUCGACACAUAUUUUGAAUGGACCAAAUAUGAUUUCCGUAACAAAACUGGAAACGCUAAACGAAGACAAAUCUUUGUACAAUAAUUUGGCACCUGAAGAAAAUACUGAAAGGUGCACUCAUGCUCAUAAUGGAAGAAUUGCUGAUUCGGAAUCUGUUGACAGCAAAUCAAAUUAUGUGCUUCAAGAGCAACAUUUGAAUGCAAUUAUUGCACCUCAAACAAUGGUAAUAAAUCCAAAUUAUAUCCGGAGUGAUAAUAAAUGUCAAAACAGUGAAUCAGCCUUAUCAACCAUACAGUGCAAUGGAACAGAAAAGCCUUUCACAAAAGAAUCUUCAAAAUCUUCUGCAUUCAGUUCCUUUCGAGUAUUCUACGAUCCAGCCUUCAUUCUCAUGCUUCUCACCCAAAGUUCCUUCAUCUUCAUUGGAACUAUGAUUAUGACCAUCAUUGUUGAUUUGUCCAGAGACGCAGGCGUCACGUCCAAUGAGGAAAUAUACAUUUUGAUGUGCCUUUCCAUAUCUGAUAUGAUUGGACGCUUUGGACUUGGAUGGGUGACAGACAGUGGCUACAUGUCGACGGUAUCUUUUUCCGCGUUAUGUUAUUUCAGCCUAGGGAUUAUAUUGACGGCAUUAGUCUUUUUGAAAGGUUUCAUCUUAAUUAUGUGUGCAGCGUUUUUUAUAGGACUCUUUUUAGGAGGGCUUCUAAUUGUUUGUCCUGGAGUUGUGUCUAACCAUAUAGAAAAAGAAAAGAUAACAAUGGCGUUAGCUUCAAGAUUUGUUUUAUACGCUCCAAUGAGUCUAACACAGUCAUCUUUAAUAGGUUUCUUUCGAGGAACAAAAGGUUCUUACAAUGGAAUUCUAUACAUGCUGACAGCUGUCUGUUUAAUGUGCUGCGCCAUGUCGCUGUCGAUUCCUUUCGCCACAAGGAUCAGAGAAAAGAGGAAACACAGGAAUAAAGAAAGCCAAGAAAAAGGAAAAACAUAACAUGAAAUUUCUACCAUGCCUCCAUUCAUUACAUUCAUAAAGGAACUGGUUUUUAACGCUUUUACACACAUUAUGUAUUAUAAAUAAUUUAACCAUAUCAUAAACGCAAAAUAAAUGUUUUGUUAGAUAAUCAGAA